AUGGCGCCCCCCAAUGAAUCGGGAUUCAUCAAGAGGGCCAUCGGUGCCAUGUUUCCUAGAGACUCGAGCGACAACGGAAAUAAACAAUCAUCUACUAGCAUCGAGGGCAUCCUACGAGACCCUGCCAACCAAGGGAAGAAACGCAAACGAGCAGAAGAUGCCGGCGCAAUGGUUUUAAAUAUGACAAAGGAAACACCUGUGCCGGCUCCAAAGCUGCCUAUCAACUCGGGACCCUCAAACUCAUCUAGUCACUCGGCACCGGCUUUUGGCCUUUUCAACAAUUCUCCAAUCAAGUCCGGCUCCGCGGUGCAGCCUGAGAAGUCCUCAAUUCAACCCGCCAAAUGGGAAACCGCCUUUGAACCCUCUUUUUUGCACCGCCGACAGAGUGAUCCCACGCGCUUCCAAUCGCAUCACCACGCAAUGGAAGCCACCAGUAACCACAUGUACUCCUCUGAAGAGUAUGAAGAGAUGGACGAAGACAGCGACGAAGACGAGAACGAUAGUCAUGAGAAUGACAGUCUCAUGGGUGAUCUGAACGACGAAGACGACAACCAAGCGACGACAGACCUGGAAUCAACUAAUCCGUAUGCUGAAACUUCAAACGGUGAAGAUAACCUCGAGGUGGUGUCUGAUAUAUCGUCAAUCACACAUAGCAGACACGUGCUGCGAGCAGAUGGUGGACGGCCAUACAACACAUGGAUCUUGGACAAUGGUCGAAGUAUCCUGACUUAUGGAGCUCUUCUGCCCUCGGAAUACCAACUUUACGACGAUCCCUCCACGCCUUGGAUCUGCCCAAUAAGGUCCUGUAGACUUUUGUUUGCUCGGCUUGAAGGCCUAGGUGGUCAUUUCAACUCCAAACACAGAGCGGUAGAAUUGAAUGAUAACAGAGAUGGCACCUUUUCUGAGAUACGUUCCUAUUCUGGAGAAGGUCGAACACCUGCCAUAGUCACCACUAAGGGGCCAGCAAGUUCACAUGAACCCCCAAUGCCAGACCCGACCUUGCCACAACCCAAAAAUGGCAAAAAGGUGCAAGUUCAAAAAGACAAUAGCAGCAAAAUUAUCAAGAACUCACUCAGGCGAGAGAAACGAUCUAAGCAAGUUGUUGGGCUCAAUUCGCUCGCAAAGCCCUCAACAGUUGACCACUCCGGCAAGUCAGCCAAUUCAAGAGCUUUGACUACAUGGAAUACUCUGGUCUGGCCUCAUUUGCAAAACACUCCAUCAUCCCCAAUCCCCUCGACAGGUUAUGUACCAUACUUGUUGCCUCUCUCAGUACAACGUAGUCUCGUGUUCAACCACAAGGCACCGGUAUACUUUGAGCGCAAAACCCAAGAUAUCUCGGCCCUCAUUAUUCAAAUCACGGGAGUAGACGCGCCUGAACCUUGCACAAAAUGCAAGGAAGGCCGUGGCCCAUUUUCGGGCUGCGUGGUUAUAUCACCGGAUGCUCCCCUCCAAGUCCGGAAACAUGUGACUUCUUGCGCGAACUGCUUUUAUAAGGGAAAUCAGUCUCGGUGUAGUGGACUUGUCGAAUGGCGCAAAGAAUCAGAUCCAAAUCAAUCAGAGGGGCAGAAGACGGUCACUCCAGCUGAAGAAAUUUCCUCGGACUCGGGCAUUGAGGCACCAACACCGCGCCGUUCCAAGAGAACCGGAAAGGACGUUGAUACUGACUCUCGCACAAACUCGGCGAACCAAAAUGAAUCCGAUUCUACCUCAGAAAUGUCAGAAUGGGAGAUUGCUCCCGGGCGCGGUCGCAACGAAUCGGGCCCUGAAACAGAGAAUUUCAUAUACUCUACAGCGUAUAUGACACAUGGUACAGAAGUCAGAAUCAAUUCCCAGACAAGAGCCUAUAACUUGUCAAUCAAACCAGGCACCACCCAUCAAUUCUCUAUUUCGCAUUCCCAUACGCGGAUCUGUUUCAAUACAUCCGGCAAAGUCCGAGUAAAAGAUUCUGAAAAGGAGUAUGGUCUCGGAAGGGGUGGUAUGUUUGUCAUCAAGCCUGGCACCUCGAUUGCUGUCAAAAACCGACGUUAUAACGAUGCAACACUGAACAUUGUCACAAUCCAAAGGGACGAUUCGGAAUGA